UCUGGAUUCUGGAAAAGUCGGUGCAUGUGCUUGUGAACAUGUUGUGAACUAUAGGUCUGCUGUUUUAAGUAGGCAAGCAACUGAAAAUUUGAGUUCAGACCUCAACAACAGCUGAUGACGUGCAACAGUAUGCCAAGCGUCGUUCACCUCUUCUUUCUUUUGCUAUUCUCAAUGAUUAGUACAAAUUCUAAAUGUAGUCAGAUAAGAAACGUUUUACUUAUCGUAGCUGAUGAUGCUGGUUUUGAAAUGGGAGUUUACAACAAUAGUGCAAUCAGCACACCUAAUUUGGACACCUUUGCCAGUCAGAGUGUUACAUUCACCAAGGCAUUUGCAUCAGUCAGCAGUUGCUCACCAAGUCAUUUAUCAGUUUUUUCCUGUUUUGUUGUGUGAUCAGUCGAUCUGCACUUUUGACAGGAAGAAUAAACCAUGAAAAUGGCAUGUACGGACUUCAUAAUGGAGUUCACCAUUUCAAUUCAUUUGACAAAAUAAAAAGUCUUCCCCACUAUUUAUCCAAACAUCAUGUUCGAACAGGAAUUAUUGGCAAGAAACAUGUUGGACCAAAGUCGGUGUAUCGUUUUGAUUAUGAAGAAACUGAAGAGAAUCACUCAAUUCUGCAAGUUGGUAGAAAUAUCACACUCAUCAAAGAGUUGGUUCGCGGAUUUUUACAUCACAACUCAUCACAGCCAUUUUUUCUCUACGUAGCCUUUCAUGAUCCACACAGAUGUGGCCACACUCAUCCACAGUAUGGUAUCUUCUGUGAGAGAUUCGGUGAUGGUCAAGGUAGUAAUGGAGUUAUCCCAGACUGGAAGCCCAAGUUUUAUGAUCCGAAUUUAGUACAAGUGCCGUAUUAUGUCCAGGACACACCAGCUGCUAGACAAGAAAUUGCUUAUCAAUACACAACGAUUUCACGCUUAGACCAAGGUGUUGGAUUAGUCUUGAAGGAACUUGAGUCAGCGUCUCUCCUAGAUAAUACCGUUAUUAUCUAUACAUCCGAUAAUGGACCUCCAUUCCCUGCUGGAAGAACAAAUUUAUAUGAUUCAGGAAUCUCUGUACCACUUAUAAUCAAAAUCCCAGAUGGGUUUAUUGAACACCAUAGAACGAACGGCAAGCAAACAGACUUCUUGGUUAGUCAUUUGCACCUUGCACCUUUCAUCCUAGAAUGGUUUGGUGUUUCCAGAUCCAAAUUGAAAUCGGAGUAUCCGAAUCAUCUUUCUCUCAUGUCCUAUUUUAAAGGAGAGAUGCAAGAAAAUAAAGAAAUUUUUGCCAGCCAUUCAUUACACGAAGUUACAAUGAAUUACCCGAUGAGGGCAGUACGCACAAACAAAUUUAAAUUAAUACACAACCUCAACUAUAAAGCCCCAUUUCCAAUUGAUCAAGAUUUCUAUCUCUCUCUUUCUUUUCAGGACAUUCUGAAUAGAACAAUCAACAAUCUGCCGCUGCCAUGGUCUCGGUCCCUGAAAAGCUACUACUACAGGCCUGAGUGGGAAUUGUUUGAUGUAAGCACCGACAAAAAAGAAGUGAAAAAUAUUGCUUACAACAAUACUUUUAGUGAGGUAUUUUCGGACUUGAAAAAACGUUUGUGGAGGUUUCAAAAUAAAUCAAAUGAUCCAUGGAUCUGUGGUCUUGGAGCAGUCUUUGAAAAUAGUGGAACUUUUAAACAGAAGCCUAGGUGUCUACCGCUGUACAACGGACUGUAACCUUCAGCUGAGCUUCAAGUAACUCAAAUCCUCAAAAGUUAAAAAAAUUAGUCUUGAUAAAUAGUCAAUCAAUUUUAUGAAAAGUUAGUCUAUCUGGACCUGCCACUUCCUUUUAUUCUCCAACCUUUACUUAACUUGCUCUCUAGGUUCUGAUCCUUCAACUGUACUUUUAUCCUAUCUGUAAGGGACCAUUUAGGACCAUACGUUCUUCAAAAUGUACACACUCACUUCUUUUGCUCAUGCAACAUAUCAUGUACGCGCACUCAGCAUCGCUGCACGCAUACCCAACAUUGUCUGUAGUCCCAGAUGAAGAGCAAUUUCAGGCAAUUUGCAAUCGGCUUCCAGGCCUUGAGUAGGUACACACAGGUGUUCGUCCAGUUCUUUAUGCUCACCGGAAAUGUUUAAAUUUACAUCUUCAAUCAGGAGUUUUACCCAUUAAUUUUAAUGAAAUACAGAUAGAAAUAUUUAAUUCGAAUUUAAUGAAAUUCAUCGGCGGAAUAAAAUGAUUAAACAAAUAAAGAAUGAAUACAACUUUAAAAUAACACUGAUGAAACACGUAGUCAUCUACAUAUCAGGAAUGGUGAGCCUGUGCUGAUGGAGUCAUCCACUUGGAACAAUCAUAAACGAACAAACCUUCUAAUGAUUUAUUUCUGCAGAUGGAACAGCCAGAGACUUUUCCUGACUAAUAAAGUAAAGGACAUCUAAACUAAUAGUGUGAUUUAUGUAGCACCAGAGUUCCAAGGAGCACAUUACCCUCAUUUACAUUGUUAGUGGUCCUGACGAAUUUUUGUUGAUAAAUCGAUCGAUUGACUGGAUGCUCGGUCAAAACCCCACUUUGGAAUUGAAAUCAAGUUAGAGAUACCACUGACUUUUUCUUCAAUGCCCUUUAUCUCUAAAAUUCUCCUGGUUGUGUGAUUGAGAAGCUCUUGCAGAGAAACUUUGCCACCCGUUUCUGUAGCUGUGAUGCUGCCUUUCUCUGGAUAACACUCGGUAUUUGCUUCGCAGAGUUCAUAAUUUGAUGGAAACAGUGAUUUAGUCUUUUUACAUGUUUGCAUCUACCUUUUGGGUACCAAAUCUCAAAAAAUUAUACUUUGCUUGCGAAAGACGACAAGAGACCUAUAGGUUGAGUGCCUUUUUACCUUUUAAACUUGAGUUUCCUUCUUCCAGUCCGCCUCUGCAGAAAUCAAUUUUUUUUUUUAGAUUUGCAGGGGUUUUUGAUAAAAAAAUCAAUAACUUCAGCUAGGUCAAGCAGGCCCUUUUUCCAACAACCACUCAGAGUAUUUGGGAUCAUCCAGCCACCUUUUAUUAAACUCGCACUUGCCCAUGAUCAAACUGAUUAUAUAGUAAGCACAAAACCACGAGUUAUAGAGGCAAAAAUACAAUCCAAAAGAAAAGCUCAGGAAAUAACUAAGUACAGAAAAGCAAUAGGUUCAAGCGAAAGUAAUAGCAGUUUGCGGAUAAUGCAAAAUAUUGACGGAAAUCUGGUCAAGAGUAAGAGGCAGCUUUUGCAAGGUACGGCAAGACUUUACUACUAUUCCUUACACUACUACUUAUUACUACUUCUACGGUA